UAAAUUUAUUCGCGAAAUGGAAUAACAUGGGUAACAGGCAACUAUAUGAACUAUACAAUUUGUUUUCUUAACCCUUUUGUUAAAACGUAUUAAUUUACUAAUAUAGGGUGAAAAUCUACACUGUAUGAUUAAUCUCUGUUUUUAGAAAAAAUACUUUUGUGAUCUAGACAGUACAACACAUUACAAUGAGAUUAUUUCUUAGCUUGUUGUAUGUAACAGUAAUACUCCACUGUUCCUAUGCUCCUCCUGUGAGUCCCGAUAAGUCUGAUGAAAAAGACAGUGAGAUUAAAGAUGAUCUGGAGGAGUACAUGGAAUACCACCGCUACUUGAAAGAGGUCGUGCAAGCACUGGAGAGUGACCCUGACUUUAGGGAGCGCCUGGAAAAGGCCGAUCAGGAGGAUGUGCGGUCGGGUAAAAUAGCAGAGCAGCUGGACUUCGUAAACCACAAUGUGAGGACCAAGCUGGACGAGAUCAAGCGGCGCGAGCUGGAGAGGCUUCGGCAUUUGGCCACGAAGCAAUACGAGUUGACAAAUCAUCUGGAUACGGAUAUGGGAAAAGUACCUACCAACGAGCACUUGGACCACAACAACCCUCACACCUUCGAGAUUGAGGAUCUAAAGAAACUCAUCAAGAAGACCACAGCUGACUUGGAAGCCGCAGACAAGGAGAGGAAGAAGCAGUUUAAGGAAUAUGAGAUGCAGAAGGAAUUUGAGAAGCAUCAAAAACUGGAAGCGUUAGAUGAGACUCAAAAGAAAGAGUACUUAGAAAAAGAGAAGCAAGAGGAAGACGCAAAGAAACACCAUCAACCGCUGCGACACCCUGCGACCAGAGAACAGUUGUUAGAGUUGUGGAAAACCGCCGAUAAUAUGGACCCGAAAGACUUCAACCCAAAAGUGUUUUUCAUGAUGCACGACGUGGACGGCAACGGCGUGUGGGACGCGGACGAGGUGAAGGCACUGUUCAUCAAGGAACUGGACAAGAUGUACGGACCGGGUGGGCCCAACAAGGACCUGCGCGAGCGCGCCGAGGAGAUGGAGCGCAUGCGCGAGCACGUGUUCCACGAGAACGACCGCAACCGCGACGGACUCAUUGAUUUCCACGAGUUCAUGCUCGAGACACAGCGCGCUGAGUUCAACCGGGACGAGGGCUGGAAACCGAUUGAAGAGAACCAGAUUUACACGCAGCAAGAAUAUGAAGAGUUUGAGAGGAGGCGUCUGGAUGAACUGAAAUAUCUGCAACAGCGAGGCUUGAUUGACGCCCACGGUCGACCGGUGCCGGGAGCCCACCACCAGCUGCAGCAGUACCAGCAACAACAGUUUGCAGCGCAGCAACAAGCCUACCACCAGGCUCAACAACAGGGCUACCAUCACCCCGCCGGCCAGCCGCAGUACCAGCAACAGUUCCAGCAACCACCACAACAAUUCCAGGGCCAACAACCACCUCAGGGACAAUUCCAAGGAUACCAAGCCCAGCAAGCACCUCAGGGACAGUACCAAGCGCAACAACCACAGCAGGGACAGUAUCAGGGCCAGCAACCACCUCAAGGGCAGUAUCAGGGCCAACAACCACAGCAGGGACAGUAUCAGGGCCAGCAACCACCUCAGGGGCAGUAUCAGGGCCAACAACCACCGCAGGGACAGUAUCAGGGCCAGCAACCGCCACAGGGCCAGUAUCAGGGCCAGCAACCACCGCAAGGACAGUUCCAAGCCCAACAACCUCCUCAGGGACAGUUCCAAGCCCAACAACCACCGCAGGGACAGGUCCAAGGCCAACACCCUCCUCAAAACCAGGGUCAGCAGCCCCCCCAGCAGCCGGAACAAGCCCAGUUCCAGCAGCAAGCCCAAGGUCAACCGCCGGCUCAGCAACACCAGAACGUUAAUGUGAACCAGCAGCCACCCGCGCCUCCCGCCCAGGGCCAACCGCCGGCCGCACACGUAGAUAGCCCUAAAUAACUUAAAAUCUCCACGUAAAUGUAAUAAUACUACUGUUGAAAUUGCCCGCUUCGGUUAUAUUUGUAUUUCGCAAAUAUUGGUGGCUAAGAUAAAGGAACAGAAUGCUAAAUUGUUGUAAUUUUGACAGCUGAACACGAUAGUGCUAUAUACCCCUUGUUUUACAAAUGUGUACCUAUAAAUUCAAAUCUUUAUUAAUAACGCCAAAGUUGCAGGUCACAAGUUUUUACAAUAAUAAUAGGUACAAUAUUCAUAACUUAUGUAUACAGUAGCUUAGAACACUUCCCAACUUAGUACACAGUAAAUUUAUUAGCCAUUUUUUAAUAUUUCAUUUUCAUACCUGUAAAUUUAAAAUAAAAAUUGUCGCAAAUUUUCUAAGGUCUCAAAAUUGCCUGAUACGUAACGAGCAACGAUAACGCUUGGCAAAGAUUAUACACACAAGUGUGCCUACUUAAAAAAAUUAUUUGUUCCCUAGUUGGAUAGAUGGCAGCACCAUGUCUCGCUAUACUGUAAUUCAGUAAAGGAUUCAAGCAAAUACUGCUCGCCCUUAGGGUUGGUCAUAGAAAAGGCGCAUAGCAGCAGAGAAUUUGGGAAGGGUACUGCCGUGGCCGGGUGGUCUCGUUGGCCGCGUAAAUUGAAGACGCUUGUUCUUUAGUGUGUGUGUGUGUGUGAGUUAGUAACAAGCGGUGGUGGCCGAGUGGAUAUGACGUCUGACUUUCAAUCCGGAGGUCGCGGGUUCAAAUCCUGGCUCGUACCAAUGAGUUUUUCGGAACUUAUGUACGAAAUGUCAUUUGAUAUUUACCACUAGCUUUUCGGUGAAGGAAAACAUCGUAAGGAAACCUGCAUACAUCUGCGAAGAAAUUCAAAGGUGUAUGUGAAGUCCCCAAUCAGCAUUGGGCCAGCGUGGGGACUAUAGCCCGAGCCCUUUCGCGUCUGAGAGGAGGCCUGUGCCCAGCAGUGGGACGUAUAUAGGCUGAAUUAUUAUUAUAUUAUUAUUGCUCUUUAGUGUAUGACAUCUUUUUCAGGUAAUUAUUUAUAUAUAUUAUCCUGUCGUAUGUGGCUGGGUCAAAAAGUUGUGGGUUCAAGCCUCGGUUGUGUAGUAUAGAGCUAAAAAGCAUUUACUAAAAAAAUACAAAAAGAUGGCCUUAAACUGUGGUCAGGAUCCUAACCACGCACAGACGAGAGGUUAAAGUGGCGUGACUACUAAAAAACAAUUAAAAAAAAAAUAUGGAGUUACAGGUGUUCAUAGGCUACGGUGACUGCUUACCAUUAGGCGGGCCGCAUGUUUGUUUGCCACCGUCGUGGUAUAAAUAAAUUAAUAAAAUAAUCAAAUUAUUUAUUCCCUCCCUUGUUGGAAAGUGCACGAUCUGGUUAAGCUGUAUAAAUUAUAAUUUGUGCUUCUGAUUAUUCUUCUGUGUGGUUAGUACAAAGAUAUGUUUGUCUGUAAUUUGUGGUAUUCCUUUUGCAUGCAAACGCUCCCUGUAGCUCAAAAAUGAAAGUUACCGAAGAGCACAACGUAAAUCGUAGUUAAGUACCUAUCCUGAAGCGAAAGCUAGUGAAUGUGUCUCAUGAAUUGUAUCGUCCCAAAAUUUGUUUUCGUUCACGUACUGUGCAGCAGUAUUGUCAGUUUUUUGAAAUUACAUUACUUACACUUAUUUGUAAUAGUUUAUGAUAAACGCUUUGAAUUAAAAAUUGUUAUGGCAUAA